CUUAUUGCUAGCUGAUUCAUACCUUAAAAAUGAAAAGACAAUUGUAACAAAUAUAUUAAAAUAUAGGUACAUGCUAAGUCUCAGGACAAAGGAUAUCAUAUUUAUUCUCACCAUUGGAUAUAAUAAACAUUGAAAAAUAAUAUAUCAUUUACUGUAUAUUACAAAAUAUUGGAUUAUCAAAAGGAUUAUUAGAAAGACAUUUUGCAAUAACAACAAUUGUUAUUGAAGUUAUUUUUCCUGGUUGAACAUUCGGGAGAACUGCAGAUGUGAAUCUUAGAAAUCCAUUUUUGAUAUUUUUAUAAUGGCAGUAAAUAGGAUACUCCUCGUUUUCUUAUUAUACUGCCUGAUAUUAGCAUCCGCUGACUAUGUUCGGAUGUGCUACUUCACUAACUGGGCGCAGUACAGAAAGGCCCCAGCAAAAUUCUUCCCCGAGGACAUAGACCCUUUACUAUGUACCCAUGCCAUAUUUGCCUUCGCUGGAAUGGAGGGGAACAGAUUGAUUCCGAUAGAAUGGAAUGACGAAGAUUCCGAAUAUUCUGAUGGAAUGUAUACUCGCUUCAUAAAGCUAAAAGAAAGAAAUCCACAACUAAAAUGUUUAAUAGCCGUUGGAGGUUGGAAUUUUGGAGUUAAGAAAAUGUCUGAUAUGCUGGCCACAGAAACCAACAGGCUUGAAUUCAUAUCGACCAGUAUUGAAUUCUUGAGAAAGAAGGGCUUUGAUGGUUUGGACUUAGAUUUUGAGUACCCUGGUGCGCGAGGUAGUCCCGUUGUGGACAAGCAGAGAUAUGCAAAUCUAGUCAAGGAAAUGAGGGAGUCUUUUGAUAUUGAAACUCUGGAGAGUAACAAACCAAGACUUCUACUAACAGCAGCUGUUUGUGCUGGGAAGACAAUUGUGGAGAAUGGCUAUGAUGUGCCAAAGGUAUCAGGGUACCUUGACUACAUCAACCUAAUGGCGUACGACAUGCACGGAGGUUGGGAUAAAUAUGUGGGCCAUAAUGCACCACUUUUCCCAAGAGAGGCUGAACAGAACUUUCAAAAGCAAUUAAAUGUAGAAUAUGCAGCGAAGUUUUGGGUUUUCAAAGGUUGCCCAAAACGCAAGCUUGUUAUUGGUUUAGGAACGUAUGGUCGAAGUUUCACCCUAACAAACGAGGAGGAUCACGAACUUGGUGCGAAGGCUCUUGGUGGCGGAGAGCAGGGGCCUUACACUGGUGAAGCAGGGUUCAUGGCAUAUUACGAGGUAUGUGAGGUGAUGAGAAACGGUGCUACCCGCUACUGGGACGAUGAGGCAAAGAUCCCUUACAUCGUUGCUGGGGAUCAAUGGAUUGGAUACGAUGAUCCUGAGAGCUUAAGGCACAAGGUGAACUUCAUUAAGGAAGAGGAUUAUGCAGGUUACAUGAUGUGGGCGAUAGAUCUUGAUGACUUCUAUGAUGGUUGUGGGACAGGAAAAUACCCACUUUUGCACGCUAUGAUGGCGACCAUCACAUGCUACGGUACUGCGUGUCAAGUUCCUCCAUUACCACCAAUAAUCGCUCCAACUGUUCCCCCUGAAGGGUCAAUACCAAAAGAGCCUGCUUUCCAAUGUGGUGCUAAAUCAGCUGGUUACUACAGAGAUACCAGGGUGUGUACCAAGUUUCACUAUUGUACCGGCGGAGUUGACUUCGGGGUUCAGGCAUGUCCGAAAGGACAGGUUUUCUAUGAUGGCUGUCAAUGCUGUGACUUCCCAGAGAGACUCCCACAAGGAGACAAAUGUGCACAGAAGGCUUUAGCAGAAGCCAAUAAGCUGAAGAAUCAACCGAUAAGAAAUGGUCCCCCCGAGGGAGGUUACAAACGUGUGUGUUACUAUACCAACUGGGCACAAUAUAGAGAGCCUCCAGCAAAGUUCCUCCCAGAAGAUAUAGACCCACUUCUAUGUACACAUAUUGUGUAUGCGUUCGCAAACAUGGAAGAUCACAAACUAACACCCCUUGACUGGAAUGAUCCUGACUCUGAAUCGGGACUAGGCAUGUUUUCCCGAGUGAACGGAUUGAAAGCUAAAAACCCAGGUUUGAAAACAUUGAUUGCUAUUGGAGGCUGGAGUUUUGGUACAGAGAAAAUGACGGCUAUGUUAGCUACCAGGGAAAAUCGAGCGACAUUUGUGAGAAGUGCUGUUGAUUUCGUCCAAGAAUACAACUUUGAUGGACUUGACCUUGAUUUUGAAUACCCUGGAGCAAGAGGGAGUCCUGCAGCAGACAGGGAGAGGUUCACAAGUCUGUGUAAGGAAUUGCGUCAAGCUUUUGAUUCUGUAUCAUUGCGCCAAGGGGGCAACGCAGCUAGUAAACUACUUCUCACAGCGGCAGUGGCUGGUGGUAAAUGGGCAAUAGAUGGUGGAUACGAAGUUGCAGAACUAGGAAAGGUCCUCGACUCUAUCCAUUUGUUGACAUAUGACCUCCACGGUAGUUGGGAGUCUAUUACGGGACAUAAUGCACCCCUGUAUCCGCACAGCGGAGAGUGGGGAGCACAUAGAUUCCAGAAUGUGGAAUGGGUAGCUAACUACUGGGUUGAGCUGGGGGCUCCUAGAGAGAAAAUCGUUAUUGGCAUGGGUACAUAUGGCAGAUCCUUUACUCUAGCCGGAGUUGCUAAGACUGUUGGUUCAGCUGCAAGUGGACCAGGGGUCGCUGGCCCAUAUACUGGAGAGGCAGGCUUUAUGGCAUACUAUGAGGUUUGCACAAAGGUAGCAGAUGGUGUCACACGAUUUUGGAACGAGGAGCAACAGGUACCAUACCUAGCUGUCGGCAAUCAGUGGGUCGGGUAUGACGACGAGAAGAGUCUUAGAAUUAAGGUGAAUUGGUUGAAGAAAAAUGGUUUUGGGGGAUGGAUGACAUGGUGUUUGGAUCUGGAUGACUUUGGUGGAAUAUGUGGAGGGGCCAACUAUCCUCUUCAUAGAGCACUGAAGAGUGAAUUGUUUGCAUGCGAUCAGAUGGCAUGUGAAACAAAUGAAACUACUGAACAACCUGCUUCUGUUUCUGAGCCGCCAGGCCCACAGUCACCGGCAGAUCCGGAGCCAGGACAGCUCCCACCUGGCAUAAAUCCCUAUCAGAAGCCAAAGGUUGAACAGCCUGUUGUACCUUCAUAUCAAAAGCCACAGGAAACAACAACAACCCCCAAACCAAGAGAAACAGGAUUACCUAAAUUGAAUGCUUCUGAAAUAAGUAAACGAUCUUUCAAAAAGGUGUGCUACUUUAGUGGUGAGGCCAAACGGAGAGCGAAUCCAUGGAACCUUCAACCCAUCACCAUUGAUCCGUUCCUCUGCACCCACAUUGUUUUCACUUACGCUAAAUUAGAUAAAAAUGAACUAAAGGCAAAUGAAACGACAGAUGAAUUAUUAUACAAAACAAUAAAUUCUUUGAAAGACGCCAACAAGAAUCUCAAGACAAUAAUAAGUAUAGGUGGAUCUGAAACUGACCAAGAAAUAUUUGCUACGAUGUUGGCUUAUUCUGAAACACGAUAUCACUUCAGUCAAUCUGCGGUUGAAUUCAUGAAAAGAAGAAACUUUGAUGGACUAGAAUUGUCCUUCCAUUAUAAGAAUUCAGAUACUACAAUGUUAAAUGACAUGAAGGACAAAUACAGCUUACUUAUCCAGGAACUACAAGAAGCGUUUACAAGUGAUGCCACAAGUUUUGAAAGACCACGAUUUUUAUUAUCAGUCGCUAUUCCUGCUAAGAAAGAUAGGAUAGACACGAUUUAUGACCUCCUAAAGAUUGCAAGUCAUGUCGAUUUUGUAAGUCUUCAAACUUAUAACUUCCAUUGUCAUGAGGAAGAACAUACAGUGCAUGCGUCGCCCCUUUACGCUUCAAGUAGAGAGAUACCACCUGAUCAAGUUCUCAAUGUCAAUUGGGCAGCAAGUUAUAUAGUUCAACAUGGAGUCCCAGCGCAGAAGAUCAUGAUUAACAUUCCUACCUAUGGGACUACAUAUACAUUACAAGACACCAGUGAAUAUAUGCUGGGUGCCGAGGCCAUUGGACCUGGAAGUGCCGGAAAAUACCUACAUGAAGUCGGCACACAGGCUUAUUUUGAGAUAUGCCAAUGUCUUAUAUGGGGCGGUACGAGUCACUGGGACGAUGACCAGUUGGUUCCAUACAUAGUUGACGGUGCUCAAUGGAUUGGAUAUGAAAACGAAAGGAGCAUACAGGAAAAGGUAAAAUGGAUGAAGGAACACGGGUUUGGAGGGAUAGCCAUUUGGUCAAUAGACCAAGAUGAUUUUAAAGGUUUCUGUGGUGAUGGUAGAUUCCCUCUGUUAAGAUAUGCAAAUCUUGCAAUAGAGACAUGAGCGAUCAGCAAUGUAAACUUUAUGAAGAUUUAGACGAUGUAUCAGUUAAAACAGUAGUUUUGUUCAGAUUUGCAUCGCAGACCAAUAAAGCUUAGUCAAUUUACUAUUAUUACUACAUUAGAGUCUCCGGAAUAUCGUUAUGACUUAUUUAGAAUACAAAGCUACAUCGGUUGAGUAGUCAUGAGAAAUUGGAUUUCAAUCUGUCUUUGCAUGCUGACUGUAUUCAUUUAUUCUAUGGAAUACUCUUAUAUUGUCAUGACAAGAUUGUUGAAAACAUUUAGUUCCUCUUUACCGAUAAAGCAAUCUUUAAAUAGAAUAUCGAUCUUUUCUUGUAUGUCUGUCCUGUCACAUUCGUCUCGGUAAGCUCGUAAUCAUCGGAUUGCGCAUGCGCAAUGUGUGAUUUAUCCAUAUAAUGCAAUUUUCUCUGACACAUUGUAAACUCAUUGUAAAUCAGAGAAGCUCUCAUUAAUUAAAAUCUCAUUACGUCCUCAGACAUGUCCCUGCAACAUGACAAUGUGCUGACGUAGAGCAUAUUAUGCGAUCUAUUUACAAUAAGGUGAGGGACUACAGGAAGACGCCUUUCUAUAAAAGAGAAGGAUAACUAGUAUUCAAAUG